GGCGCCGGACCCCCAGGCGGAGCGACAGGUCUCGGGCCCCCAGGCGGAGCGGCGGGCACCGAGUCACCAGGCACGACAGUGGGCUCCGAGUCAACUGGCAAGACUGCGGGCACCGAGUCAACUGGCAAGACUGCGGGCACCGAGUCAACUGGCAAGACUGCGGGCACCGAGUCAACUGGGAAGACUGCGGGCACCGAGUCGUCUGGCGGAACAGCGGGCACAGAGUCGUCUGGCAAGACUGCGGGCACCGAGUCGUCUGGCAAGACUGCGGGCACCGAGUCGUCUGGCAAGACUGCGGGCACCGAGUCAACUGGCGGAACAGCGGGCACCGAGUCGUCUGGCAAGACUGCGGGCACCGAGUCGUCUGGCAAGACUGCGGGCACCGAGUCGUCUGGCAAGACUGCGGGCACCGAGUCGUCUGGCAAGACUGCGGGCACCGAGUCGUCUGGCAAGACUGCGGGCACCGAGUCGUCUGGCAAGACUGCGGGCACCGAGUCGUCUGGCAUUGGAUCGUCUGGCUCGACAGCGGGCAUCGGGUCACUAGGCAUCAGGUCAUUUGGCUCGCCAGCGGGCACCGCGUCAUCUGGCAAGGCAGUGGGCACCGAGUCACCAGGUACGACAGCGGGCUCUGAGUCAAUUGGCACGACAGCGGGCACCGGAUCAGGUACCGGAUCAUCUGGAUCAACAGCGGGCAUCGAGUCAACUGGC